AUGCGGCCUCCCCCGGUGCGGGUGCUGCGCCUCGGCCGCGCGGCCUACCUGGACUCCCUGGCGGCGCAGGGCCGCUGCGUGAGGCGCCACCGCGAGGCCUCGGCCUCCUCCGAGGCGCCGCACCGGCUGCUGCUGUGGGAGCCGUCGGGCCCCGUCUUCACGGUGGGGCUGCGCGGCCUGGACGCCCGGCGGGCCUCGGCGGCGGAGGAGGCGGAGGAGGAGCGUCGCCUGAGGGCGCUGGGCGCCGGCUUCGAGCGCGUCCCCGCGGCGGCCUGGCCACCUUCCACGGGCCCGGCCAGCUGGUGGCCUACCCGGUGCUGGACCUGCGGCGCUUCGGGCUGCCCGUGCGGGGCUACGUGGCCGCCCUGGAGAGCGUGGCCGUGGCCGCCUGCCGAAGGCUCGGCCUCCCGCAAGCCGCCGCGCUGCCGCCGCCCUGCACCGGCGUCUGGCUCCGAGGGAGGAAGGUCUGCGCCAUCGGUGGGUGAGAGGAGAGAAAUCGCUGGCCUCCAGAGGCAGAGCUAGAUCUAUCCAGAGCUAUCUCUCUCUCUCUCUGUGUGUGUGUGUGUGUGUAUGUGUAUCUUGCUAUACACGUGUGUGUGUGUGUGUGUGUGUGUGUGUGUCUUGCUAUACGUGUGUGUAUGUAUGUGUGUGUGUGUGUGUGUGUAUAUAUAUAUAUAUAUAUAUGUGUGUGUGUGUGUGUAUCUUGCUAUACGUGUGUGUAUAUGUGUGUGUGUGUAUAUAUAUAUAUAUAUAUAUAUGUGUGUGUGUGUGUGUGUGUGUGUGUAUCUUGCUAUACGUGUGUGUAUAUAUAUAUAUAUAUAUGUGUGUGUGUGUGUGUGUGUGUGUAUGUAAAUAAAAUAUCUAUCUAGGGUUAUAUCUAUAUAUCCAUCUUUCUCUCUCUCUUUUUGUGUGUGUGUGUGUGUGUGUGUAUAUAUAUAUAUAUAUAUAUAUACACACACACACACACAUAUGUACCUAGGGCUAUACCCAUAUCCACAUCUAUAUCCAUAUCUAUCUCUAUACCUAUCUAUCUGUAUAAAUCAUAUCAUAUCUACCUAGGACUAUAUCUGUAUCCAUCUCUCUCUCUCUCUCUCUCUCUCUAUAUAUAUAUCUAUGGCUAUCUGUAUCUAUAUCUAUAUGUAUCUAGGGCUAUACCCAUACCCACAUCUAUAUCCAUAUCUAUAUGUAUCUAUACAGUAUAUAUCUCUAUAUAUGUCAUAUAUCUACCUAGGGCUAUAUCCCUAUCUAUAUGGCUGUCUUUUUCUAUAUCUAUCUAGGGCUAGGGCUGUGUCUAUAUCUAGCUAUAGCCAUAGCCAUUUCUAUUUUUAUAUAUAUGUCUAUAUGUAUCUAUAUCUAUAUCUAUAUCUAUAUCUAUAUAUCAUAUCUAUCUACCGGUAUAUCUAUAUCUAUGUAUAUCUAUGUAUAUCUAUGGCUAUACCUGCAUCUAUCAGCAUCUACAGCUGUACAGUAUAUCAUGGGGUGGAAAUGGACUGAUCUGUCUAUCCUGAAGGAAGACGCAUCUUUUGUUCACUUUUGGGUGAUGCAGACAUGUCUUCCAGGCAUCAUCUUAGAAGAAUUGUUCCCUCCAGUGUGUGAGAGAAACAAAGACUGGAGGGAAAAUUCCUAUCUUAAAUUUGGGCUUGCCAUUUACAGCAUUAACACAUGCUGAUAGCCUUUAGCCAAUUAAACUAUUUGUAAGUUAAUUCAUUUCCCUGGUGAGUCAAUUAAAUAUUGCAGCCCUAAUCUUAAAUUUUGCUACCUUUUAAAUGCAGGGUUAAUAGUUUGUUGGAAGUUGAUUUAUUCUGGUGUUCACUCUGAGGUUACUCCGUGCAGUAGUUUUCUUCAGUACAGUGGUACCUUGGUUCUCAAACGCCUUGGUACUCAAACAACUUGGAACCCAAACACUACAAACCCGGAAGUUAAGUGUUCCAGUUUGCGAACUUUUUUCGGAAGCUGGAAAUGCUCUGUUUUGAAUGUUACGCUUCUGAUUUGAGUGCCACACUUCCAAUUUGAGUGUUACACUGAGGUCUGUCUGUUUUUGCUAUUUAUUUUGGUUUUGGUUUUUGCGGCUCUCUUCAUUUUGUUUUUGUGUCUGCGUGGAAACCAGUUCAGCUACUGAUUGAUUAAUUGUGUGACUGCAGUACACUGUCUGUUGCUUUCAUUUUUAUGUAUCAAUGGUCUCGUUAGAUAGUAAAGUCCAUGUUAAAUUGCUGUUUUAGGGGUUGUUUUUAAAAGUCUGGAGCAGAUUAACCCAUUUUGCAUUACUUUCUAUGGGAAAGCGCGCCUUGGUUUUGGAACGGACUUCCGGAACGGAUUAAGUUUGAGAACCAAGGUACCACUGUAUUGCGGCACAGCGCUUGAUAAAUCGACAGGCGGCUCUCCCUUCCCAGUAAGUUUAAUGCAUCUCUCUGGUCUUGCUCUCCAGGCAUCCACUGCGGAAGGCAUAUCACCUCGCACGGUUUGGCUCUGAACUGCUGCACCGACUUAACAUGGUUUGACCACAUUGUUCCUUGUGGGCUGGAGGGGAAGGAGGUGACCUCUCUGAGCAGAGAACUCCAGAGACACGUCUCGGUUGAGGAAGCCACCGAGCCUUUUCUGGCUGCCUUUCAGGAGGUGUUCAAUUGCACUUUGAUGGAAGGAUCUCCAACAGAGAAUUAG